GUGCACCAGCAGCGAUAGUGGGAGCUCUGGAUCUCUCUCUCCCAGAAGAUGCUCAACAACCUAACCGACUGCGAGGAGGGGGAUGGGGGCACCAACAACCAGGGAGAUGGAAACCCCAAAGAGAGCAGCCCUUUUAUCAACAGCAGCAGCAGCAUUGAUAUUGAGAAGAGCCAGCAGUAUGACAGCAAGCACAUGGCCUUGUUUGAGGAGGAGAUGGACACAAGUCCCAUGGUGUCCUCUUUGCUCAGCAGCCUUGCCAACUACUCCAACCUGACUCAAGGCAGCAAGGAGCAUGAGGAGGCCGAAAAUAAUGAAGAGAGCCGCAAGAAAACAGUGCAGGCUCCUCGUAUGGGCACGGUGAUGGGUGUCUAUCUGCCGUGCAUGCAGAACAUCCUGGGGGUCAUCCUCUUCCUCAGGAUGACGUGGUUGGUGGGGGUCGGAGGCGUCCUGGGAACCUUUUUCAUCGUCUUCAUGUGCUGCUCUACGACUAUGCUGACUGCCAUUUCAAUGAGUGCAAUUGCUACAAAUGGAGUAGUGCCAGCUGGUGGUUCGUAUUAUAUGAUCUCCCGCUCGCUGGGGCCGGAGUUUGGUGGAGCAGUGGGCAUCUGUUUCUACCUGGGAACCACAUUUGCGGGAGCCAUGUAUAUACUCGGCUGCAUCGAGAUUCUCCUGGUCUACAUAGCUCCACAUGCAGCCAUAUUUAAGAUGGAAGGUCUGGACGGCCCCGAAGCCGAAGCCGCGAUGCUCAACAACAUGCGUGUGUACGGCAGCAUCGUUCUCACCUUCAUGUCUCUGGUGGUGUUUGUCGGCGUAAAGUAUGUGAACAAGCUGGCGCUUGUUUUCCUCGCCUGCGUCAUCCUGUCCAUUCUGGCUGUUUAUGCAGGAGUGAUCAAAAGCUCAUUUGACCCUCCAGACUUCCCGAUAUGCGUGCUCGGUGAUCGGACUUUGGUAUCUAAAGGCAUUGAUAUCUGCGCAAAAACCAUUGAGACAGGCAACGGUACAGUUACCACCAAACUCUGGAGACUGUUCUGUAACUCUGACUUCCUUAACGCCACCUGUGAUGAAUAUUUCACCAACAACAACGUUUCUAAGGUGCAGGGCAUUCCUGGCGUCACCAGCGGCAUCAUGGCAGAGAAUCUCUUUAGCAGCUUUAUGAAGAAAAACGACUUCUUAGUGAAGCGAGGGAUUCCUGCCGUGGUCAACCCCGACGCUCCAAUAACCAACAGUAACCGCUAUGUACUAGCAGACAUCACCAGCUUCUUCACCCUGCUGGUCGGCAUCUAUUUCCCCUCAGUCACAGGUAUCAUGGCUGGAUCCAACCGUUCUGGUGACCUGCAGGACGCUCAGAAGUCCAUCCCCAUCGGCACCAUCCUGGCCAUCUCCACCACCUCCGCCAUAUACAUGUCCUCUGUUAUUCUGUUCGGGGCCUGUGUAGAAGGAGUAGUGCUGAGAGACAAAUUUGGUGAGGGGGUCAGUGGGAAUCUGGUCAUAGGUACACUUGCAUGGCCUUCCCCUUGGGUCAUUGUAUUUGGUUCAUUCUUCUCUACCUGCGGGGCGGGGCUUCAGAGUUUGACAGGGGCGCCUCGUCUCUUACAGGCCAUUGCACGAGACGAGAUUAUCCCCUUCCUCAGGGUGUUCGGUCAUGGGAAGGCUAACGGUGAGCCCACAUGGGCUCUACUUCUGACAACCACCAUAUGUGAGAUUGGUAUCCUUAUUGCCUCUCUGGAUGCUGUCGCCCCCAUCCUCUCCAUGUUCUUCUUGAUGUGUUACAUGUUUGUGAACCUGGCCUGUGCUCUGCAGACACUCCUCAGGACGCCCAACUGGAGGCCACGUUUCAAAUUCUACCACUGGGCUCUGUCUUUUCUGGGUAUGAGCUUGUGUCUUUCCCUGAUGUUCAUCUGCUCCUGGUACUAUGCCAUCGUGGCCAUGGUCAUUGCUAGCUGCAUCUACAAAUACAUCGAGUUCUGUGGGGCGGAGAAAGAGUGGGGUGAUGGUAUACGUGGCAUAUCUCUCAGUGCUGCUCGUUACGCUCUGAUGAGGCUGGAGGAAGGACCACCACACACCAAAAACUGGAGGCCUCAGAUCAUGGUGCUGGUUGGUUUGGAUGGCGAACAGAACGUGGAGCAGCCACGCCUCCUCUCACUGACCAAUCAGCUGAAGGCAGGCAAAGGCUUGACCAUUGUGGGAGCCUGUAUUGAGGGCACAUACCUUAACAACCACGAAAAAGCACAGAAAGCAGAACAGUCCCUGAGGAAGCUGAUGGAGACGGAGAAGGUAAAGGGCUUCAGUCAGGUGGUGAUCUCCUCUAACCUGCGUGAGGCCACCUCUCAUCUCAUCCAAGCUGGAGGACUCGGAGGCCUGCGCCACAACACUCUGGUCAUCAAUUAUCCCAAGAACUGGAAGCAGCACGAGGACCAUCAGCAGCUAAGGAAUUUUAUUGAGGUUGUGCGGGAGACCACUGCGGCUCACUUGGCUCUUCUGGUGCCAAAGAACAUUGCUGCGUAUCCAUCUAACGGUGAGCGCUUCACUGAGGGCCACAUCGACGUCUGGUGGAUUGUCCAUGAUGGAGGAAUGCUUAUGCUUCUGCCUUUCUUGCUGCGACAGCACAAGGUUUGGAGGAAAUGCAAAAUGCGCAUCUUUACCGUGGCUCAGAUGGAUGACAACAGCAUUCAGAUGAAGAAAGACCUGAUAACCUUCCUCUAUCACCUGCGACUCGACGCCGAGGUGGAGGUGGUGGAAAUGCAUGACAGUGAUAUCUCAGCUUACACCUAUGAGAAGACUCUGGUAAUGGAGCAGCGGUCACAGAUCCUUAAAGAGAUGCAUCUUACCAAGAACGAGUGGGAGAGAGAGAUUCAGAGCAUUACAGACGUGUCCCGUGGCUCCAUCCGCCGGAAAAACCCAUCGAACCUUCAUCCACCCAAAAAUAUCAGUGAGGAGCCUGCAGGGGGCAGUACUGAGGAGAAACCAGAAGAAGAGGUACAGCUCAUCCAAGGUAAGAACGCCACACCCACCCCGACAAGCCCCAUCACUCCGACUCCUACGGACAAAGGUGCCGUGAGCCCUAGCGAGGAGGUGCAAAUGACCUGGAGCGAUGACUUAGACAAGUCCAAUAAUUCACCUGUGGCUAAAUUGGAGACCACUAAAGACAUGUUUAACAUAAAACCGGAAUGGGAAAACCUGAACCGGUUCAACGUGAGGCGCAUGCACCACGCGCAGAAGCUUAAUGAAGUGAUUGUGAGAAAGUCGCAAGAUGCUAAGCUAGUCCUGCUGAACAUGCCUGGGCCUCCUAAAAACCGCACUGGAGAAGAGAACUACAUGGAGUUCCUCGAGGUCCUGACUGAGGGUCUCAAUCGAGUCCUCCUUGUGCGUGGUGGCGGACGUGAGGUCAUCACCAUCUACUCUUAAUGAACAAGCCCAUCCUCCCUGUGAAGUCUUUUUCAUGCCAUGUUGCUCGAACCAUAGACUGAACAUCCCAGCGUUCCCAGACUCUGCCAUGAGCAAUAGAGCCCCAGCACAUAUCAGACUACUUUGCACUACAUCAUCAGAGACCUCUUUAUUACACCAGCUUAACCAUCAGUCUAGCUCAGCAUUAUUCUCUCUAUCUCUUAAGUUAAGGAACUGCUUUUAUGUUUUUACCGGUUUUUGAAAGUACAUGCAUUGCAUAGAUAGCUAGCUGACUCUCAGAAGGCCGACACCCAAAGUUAGACUCAACCAAACACCAAGAUACUGAUACUUUAAUACUGAGAAAUAAGCAGGUUUAAUUAUCAGUUUAUGAAAACGUCUUCCAGUGUAUCGUCUUACGGCCCGAGAAGCACUUUGAAUCUAAACCACAGAAUGUGUGUGUGUGUUUUGUGUGUGUGUGUGUGUGUGUGUGUGUGUGUGUGUGUGUGUGCUUGGCUUGACUGCUUGGAGAGCCAAACCUUGUAGCUGUCCAUGGGUUCGUGCCAUGGACGUGUCUGAGUAUUGAAAAGUGAUGCUGCCGAGAUGCAUAAGUUUAUCUAAUAAGUAGUUGAUGUUAAUAUAUUGAAGAAGAAAACAAAACAAAACAAAAAAUACAGGGAUGUGAGCUUCUUGGAAACUUGACCAGACCAUGAAGGCAGUUUUAUACUUUUUACACACUUCAGUUCAUAGUAUCCUCUUUACACGGAUGACAGAUAUUAUGAGAUCAUAACGUGAACGAUUCCGAAACGCAUCGGCACAUCACACAUAGAGAUGUACAUACUGUAGUAUAGAUAUAUUCGACAUAUUAUUGCUUUAAAACAGAACAAAAAAAAAAAGAAGUGUUAUGUGACAAAUUUAUCGAUUUCAAAAAGAUAUAGGCAUUUUAUCAGCAUUUUAAAAAAAAGGAGCAGAAAAUAUUCUAAAGGAAUAUAAAAUGUUAAAGUAUAUGUAUAUUGUGAAUAUUUAUCUACACAAAAGAAUAUUAACAUUAUCAGCAAUUUUGAAUGAAUGACUACCAUGAUGAUCACCAGCUUCUGCCAAACACUGAAAUGUGCAAUGUGUGCCAUAUGGACAAAAAAAAUAAAAAAUUUAAAUAGGACCUUACUCUUUAAACGUAACCAAGUGAAGAACGAACACUGGGUAUAUUAUAUCCCUAUAAUAAGCUAAUGAGGCACUAUACUAGGGCUUCGUUCAUUUUUGUAUGGUUUAAAUAACGCACCAAACAAAAGCAAAAAAAUUCAAACAAAACCUAAACCCACUGUACAGCAACACUCUAUUUUUCACAGUGUUAUGUUAUGUUAUGUUAUAUUAGAUUGAAUAUUCUUGAUGUAAGAGCAACCCACAUAUUCAAAAGCAUUGUUCUAUGUUUACUUAGAGUAGAAGUGUGUAUAUAUACAGUAUAUCCAUAUAUCCUCUUUUUUUUUUUUUUGGAAAAUUACAAAGGCGAAACUGUUUACUGAGUAUACUCUUGAAAAAAAAAAGUAAUUCUUGUGUCUUGUGUAAUUGUGAAGGUGAAGGAGAGACUAGAAUCCAAUUGCACUGAGGAUUCUGUUAUCUGACACAUUAUAAGAAUCACACCAACCGCAGGCUGUGUAAAUGAGGCAGGAAGCUGGUUGAAAUUAAGAGCAUUGCUUGACUGCUUUUUUUCACAUAAGCUCAUGUUCAUCUAGUGUACGCUUUGGAGAAAAGGUAACGUUCGAGAAGGUCGGAAUUAUCGGCCCUUACUAAAAAAUCGCAGACUUUUCACAGGUGCGCUACAGGCUUUUAAAAAUUAAUUCCACGUAAAAAUAAAUCAGUGGCAUUACUAAAAAACUCAUGUGAAAAUAAAUUGUGUUUGUGAAAAAUAACUUGUGAAAAUGGUAAAAAAAAAAAAAAAAAAAAGCACUUAAAUUUGUACUGUAAAAUAGAAUUAACAUAUGUGAAGAAUUUUACAUAUGUGAAAAAUGUAUGCGGGAAAAAUAAUGUGUGAAAAUAAAGGAAUCAGUGAAAAAUUCCCAUGUGGAUAUAACGUAAUCACGUGGAAAAGUAAUUUAAUCAUAAAAAACUAAAAAUAUCUGUGAAAAAAAUCACAUUUGAAAAAAUUAAAUCACAAAAAUAAUGCAUGUGCAGUCAUGUAAAAUUAUGUUAAUUGGGGGAAAAAAUCUAAACUGAACAUGGACUUCAUGUAAUGGACUUAUAUUUAAGGGUUUAAAAAUAUAAUGUGAAAAUAUUACAUUGAAAUUACAUGAGAAAAUAAUGACAUGAAAAAAUCACCUAACUGAAAAAUCAUGUGGGAAAAUAACUUAAUCAUGAAAAAAAAAAUCAAAUGUGAACAUAACUUAAUUGUGAAAAGUCAUAUGAGAAAGUAUUUUAAUCAUGAAAAAUCACAUGUGAAAAUAACUUAUUUGUAAAGAAUUGUAAGAAAAGGUAUUUUAAAUCAUGAAAAAUGACGUGUGAACAUGACUCAAUUGUGAAAAAUUGUGGGAAAAUGACAAACAUAAAAAAGGGCAAAAAAUAACGUUAGAAGAAAAUUGUUGUGGGACGUGGAAUUAAUUGUGUUCUGGAGAAAAUCGCACGUGAAGAACAAACAUGAGAACUGUGAAUAAAUGAACUGGUAAAAAAUAUUUAGCAUGAAAUAUAUUUUACAUGUAAAUAAGGCUGACGUGAAAAAAAAUCACAUUUAUAUAACCUCAUCUUUGUGGGGAAAUUUGCAUGUGACAAUAGAAAACGUAUAGUUGCACUACAACUUUAAAAUGUGUGAAGCCUAAACAUGUGAAGUAUCAAAAUCCCACCUGUGAAAUUCUUGUGACUUUUCUCUAAGGGUGGAAAAUCUCUCCGUGGUGGUUAUACAGGUUUUCUGGCACUUUAGUCACAUUAACUUACAGGCGACGCCUUUGUGAGAACUUCACUAUCGGUACAUGUUACUAGCAGACUACCUAUCAUACGACUACAGUGUACAGGUUUAGUGAAAACAAAAAGGACACCAUUUCAGAUGUGAACUUUUACCACCUUCCCUAAA